AUUGUUUUUGAGGCCCUUGAUGUGUUAAAAUGGAGGAGAGGAAUGGGGGGGGGGCACAAAAAUGACCUGAAGUUGACUUUCGAUUGCACCUAUAGUAGGUGCCAAAAGUACGUCUUCAUUUAGUGCACGGCUUCCACUCACCGAAUAGAAAGCGGUGUGGGAGAGCAAGAGUGGAGAGGUAGAAAGUAGGACGCCGGUUUCAGGUCCCCCCCGUUUUUUUUUCCUUGUACGAAGCGACAGGCACGAGGCAGAGGGCGAGUAAGACGAAGUCCAUUCGAGGAACGGGACCGGAGGACGACAAGCAAGAAGAACCACCGGAGCCAACCGGCGACUUGUAUGUUCAGUAUGUUCGAGGAGCAGGCCACUAAGGUGAAGAUCACGUCGGUGGUGAUCGUGGUGGGCAUGUCGGCCAUGCUUGCCGCCGUGGUGACGGAUCACUGGGCUGUCCUAAGCCCCCGCGUGGACAAGCUCAACGCCACCUGCCAGGCCGCUCAUUUUGGUCUCUGGAGGCUAUGCAAGAAAAAUAUCUUCAUGGUGGAGGAGGACCCACAGGGCAAAGGCUGCGGCCCCAUCGGCUUACCCGGAGCCAAGAACUGCUCCUACUUCAAACACUUCACAUCAGGAGAAGAAGCCGAGGUUUUUGAAGUCAAGACCCAGAAGGAGUACAACAUCUCAGCGGCGGCCAUCGCCAUUUUCAGCCUCUUCUUCAUGAUCCUGGGAACAUUGUGCGUCAUCUUCUCCUUCGGGAAGGGCCGCGACUAUCUGCUGAGGCCUGCUGGCAUGUUCUUCGCCUUCGCAGGCCUGUGCAUCAUCAUCUCGGUGGAAGUCAUGCGUCAGUCGGUCAGGAGGAUGAUCGACAGCGAUGAGACCAUCUGGAUCGAGUACUACUAUUCGUGGUCCUUCACGUGCGCCUGCGCCUCCUUUACCCUCCUCAUCUUUAGCGGCGUGGCCCUCCUCCUCAUCUCCAUGCCCCACAUGCCCAGAAACCCCUGGGAGACCUGCAUGGACGCCGAGCCCGACACCUUAGAUUAGCUUCACACCUGCUCACACUUCGAGAGGGAGAUUUUUUCGAAACUGCUGAUAUAUAAACAGAAUUUGAAAAUGUGCGGUUACCAUAUGCGCAAUAGUAGAAAUUGUAGAAAUAAGAGCAAUAAUUUUAUAAUACGCGAAAAGAAAAAUGUAAUUUGAUGAGAAACUAGUUGUCAUGUUAGGGAACGAAAUCAUCAUUUUAAAAUCACUAGAAUAACGUGGCAAUGUGAGGAGAAAAUAACGAAUGUUUUUUUGAGAUUCAAGUCAGAGUACGAGGGAAAAAAAGCAAGGAUAAAAAAAAUUGCGAAAAAGUGAGGAUGCAAUCCUAAUAGUAUGGCGGCCCAGUGAUCCAGUGGUUAGCGCAUCGACCUCACAGUGCAGAGGUACCGGGUUCAAUUCCAGCUCCGGCCUCCCUGUGUGGAGUUUGCAUGUUUCCUCCCACAUUCCAAAAACAUGCAUGGGAAGUUAAUGGAACACUCUAAAUUGUCCGUAGGUGUGAGUGUGAGCGCGGGUGGCUGUUCGUGUCUGUGUGCCCUGCGAUUGGCUGUCAACUGGUUCAGAGUGUCCCCCGGCUACUGCCCGAAGACAGCUGGAAUAGGCUCCUGCAACUCUUGUGAGAAGAAAGUGGAUCGGAAAAUGAACGAAUGAAUGAAAUCCUAAGAGUAGGAGCUGCUGCCUGCCACCGCUCAUGUCCAGACACUCACGCAGACAGACCCCGCCUCUUCAAGGCACACACAGACAUGACAAUAUGUAUCGCGCAAUAGUUUCCGUUGCUUUAGCUAAAAAAAAAAACUUUCAAAAACAACAACAAAAAUAUUUUUCAAAAGAAAAAAAAAUUCUUUGUUCAGGUAUUAGAACAUUUCAUAAAUGAAACCGCGGCAUUUCCUAUGAGAUAAGUAAUGAAUGGUUGCCAUGGCCCACCUCCACACCCUCCACCUUUUCUCUUCUCGAAAGACUUUCUCCAAUCAAUGGGACUCAUUGAUGGCAGCCAAAGAAAGAGGCAACACUCGUCCUCCGUGGCAAUCGGCAUCCAUUCCGCUCGGCUAAUUCCACGCCCGUCCCUCCGCUGACCUGAACCGUUUUAAUCGAUGCAAGCGUAAUAAAGUAGCGCUUUUUUUCAUGUAUCAAA